AUGUCCGAAUCAUUUGUAUUUCUGGAUGUCAACAUUGGGACAGAGCCCAUAGGGCGCAUUGUUAUCGAGCUUUUUGGGGAUAAAGCUCCGAAGACUUGCAAGAAUUUCCAAACUCUGUGUUCAGAUGGCAUUGAGAUCAAUAAAAGACGGUUUGGUUACAAGAACAACUGCUUCCACCGGAUAAUUAAAACUUUUAUGAUUCAGGCCGGUGACAUUGUUUUUGGUUCGGGUGGUCAAAAUAGUACGAAAUCUAGCGAGAUCGGGAAAGGUGGAUGUUCCAUUUUUGCUCAGGAACAAGAAUUCGAGACGCAAGAUUCGCUGGAUGGCAUACAAUGCUAUGGGGAUUUUGCAGACGAAAAUUUAGGUGAGUUCUCGGAACCAUUCAUGGUUGCAAUGGCCAACAUGGGAACUGAAAAUUCCAAUAGCUCCCAAUUCUUCAUAACGACACAGGCUGCUUCCCAUUUGAACAACAAGCAUAGCAUUUUUGGAAGAGUAAUACAUGGGAAGUCUGUGGUUCGCACAGUAGAACGUUGCAGCGUUGAUUCUGACGGUUUUCCCGCGGAGUCAGUGUUUCUUAAAGACUGUGGGGUCUGGAACAAAUCCAUGCCAAUUCCAGUAUUCAACACAUCUAACAACCCUAUCGGCGGAGACGUUUAUGAAGAGUUUCCAGAUGACGACCUGAAUUUUGACAAAGAGUCAUCUGAAAAGGCGUUCGAGGCCGCCACGAUCAUCAAAGACUCGGGAUCUCUUCUGUUCAAGCACAACAAUUAUAAAGACGCCCUCUUCAAAUACAAAAAAUCUCUGCGCUACGUGAAUGAGUUCAUUCCUGAAAUUGAUGUCAAUAAAGAAUUCAAUGGUAAAUUCAUCAAUCUGAAGGCUAAACUAUACCUAAACAUUUCUCUCGUUUACUUCCAGCUGAAAUCGUUUGAAGAUUCCCUCACAUACUCGACUUACCUCUUGGAAAUGUCUGAGUCCUCUCCACUCGAUAGAGCGAAGGCUCUAUAUAGACAGGGGAACUGCCAUUUUGCCAAGAACCGGUUCGAUAAAGCUUUAACGGCAUAUGCGUCUUGUAAAGAGCUAAAUCCCAAAGACAGUGUAGUGGACAAAAAAAUCGCAGACACCGAGAAAUGUCUAGAACAAGCUAAGGAAAAAACCAGGAAAAGCUUGGCCAAAUUCUUUGGGUAG